GCGCAAACUCUCAUAGUUACGCACACUCCGCUACGCACUUGCAACGCGACAGGGAACACACCACUCUACAUAACCAAACCAGCUACUCGAUAGUUAGAUCUGUUCUUUCCAUCUUCUCAACCUCUCAUUCCUCUCCCAUCCAACACAACAAUACAAUCACACGAUCAUGAAGGGCUUUGGAUCCCUCUUUUCCCUGGCGUUCAUCGCUGUAGCAGCUACUGCUAGCAAUGUCAUCGAUCUUACGCCAAAGAACUUCGACGACAUAGUGCUGAAAUCGGGCAAGCCGGCGUUGGUCGAGUUUUUUGCUCCCUGGUGCGGUCACUGCAAGAAGCUCGUCCCCGUCUGGGAGGAGCUCGCCGACUCUUUCGCCGGUGCAAAGGACAAGGUCUCGAUCGCGAAGGUCGAUGCCGACGCCCACAAGUCCCUCGGCAAGCGCUUCGGCAUCCAGGGCUUCCCGACACUAAAGUACUUCGAUGGCAAGUCGGAUACGCCGAUAGACUACGACUCCAAGCGCGAUCUGGAGUCGCUGCAGGCGUUCAUUGCGAAGCAGAGCAAGGUCAAGGCCAAGGUCAAGAAGGAACAGCCGAGCUCUGUGGUACAGCUUACCGAUACCACGUUUGAUGCGGUGGUUAAUGGGGAUAAGAAUGUGCUCGUUGAGUUCUACGCUCCUUGGUGCGGUCACUGCAAAGCUCUCGCCCCCAUCUACGAAGUCCUCGCCCACAACUUUGCCGACGACACAGACGUAGUGAUCGCCAAAGUCGACGCCGACGCUCCCAACGGCAAGGCUGUCUCGCAGCGCUACGGAGUGACCGGCUACCCCACACUGAAGUACUUUCCUAAGGGCAGCACCGAAGCCACGCCCUACGAAAGCGGCCGCACCGAAGCCGCCCUCACCGCUUUCCUCAACGAGAAAGCCGGCACCAACCGUGCCGUCGGCGGAGGUCUCAAUGAGGUCGCCGGCCGCAUCGCCGCCUUCGACGAAGAGCUCAAGCAGCUGGUCCGUGGCGACGCCGAGUCCCUCAAGGCUGUCUCGGAGAAAAUCCUUAAGCUCGCUGAGGAGAGCAAGGAUGUCUACGCUAGCUACUACGUCAAGGCGCUCGGCAAGCUCGCCAAGGACGAGGAGUAUGCUGAGAAGGAGCUGAAGCGUCUUGGUGGAAUCCUCGCGCGCGGUACCGAUUUGGCAAGCAAGAAGAAGGAUGAGUUUAAGUCCAAGGCGAACAUCCUCGCACAGUUCUAUGCUGCGAAGGUAGAGGAGAAGAAGGAGGACAUUAAAGACGAGUUGUAGAGCAGUUCGAAAUAUUAGUUUAGUAUAUGAUGAUCUAAUACGGCUGUAUGAGUACAUACGCCGAUAGUAAUCUGCGCAAAUGAAAUGUAUUGCGAUUCUC